AUGAAUCAAAGUCCUAUGAUACAUGCGCCGUCCAAGAAGACGGAUGAAGUCGACUGGGCAACACCGUUGAAACGAUAUAUACACACGACGUAUCAGGAAGACCCGGAGAAGUAUGCUGACGAAUGCAUGACGAUACACCGUCUACGGCAAGAUAUGAGAGGGGCCGGGAAGGAUCUGACUGGGAGAGACUUGUUAUACAGAUAUUAUGGCCAGUUAGAAUUACUUGACUUGAGGUUUCCAGUCGAUGAAAGCCAUAUUCGGAUAUCAUUCACAUGGUACGACGCCUUUACACUAAAAACAACUUCUCAAUUUUCUCUUGCAUAUGAGAAAGCCAGUACCAUAUUCAACAUUGCAGCGGUUCUAUCUGCAAUCGCAGCUUCGCAGAAUCGCUUCGAAUCAGAUGGGUUAAAACACUCAUCCACGUACUUUCAGGCAUCUGCUGGAAUGUAUGCUUACAUAAACGAUAACUUUCUCCAUGCGCCCUCAACAGAUUUGAGUCGCGAAGUCGUUAAAUUGCUGUCGCAACUUAUGUUGACGCAGGCUCAAGAGUGCUUUCUGGAAAAGAGUAUCGGUGCCAAGAAAACGUCGUCUGUUCUUAUUGCUAAAUUAGCUGCGCAGGCAGGAUGGUCGUAUGGCAAUAUUGUAGAAAAUAUGACUGAAUUUGUCAACAAGAGCAUUUUUGACAAGAGUUGGCUGUCUGUAUGUCAAAUAAAACAUAAAUAUAUAUCAUCGGUCUCACAAUAUCAAAAAGCAUUGGCGUGCGAAGCAGAGCUUCAAUACGGUGAAUGUGUUGCGCGUCUCAAUGUUGCUGAUACUUUGGCGAAAGAAGCCACUAAACUUGCAAACAGCUUUGUAUCAUCAUUUUCUCCUUCAUCAACCCAGACUCUUAUGCCAGAUGCUGCUUCUUCAUUACAAGAGCUCACAAAGGCAAAUGCGGCUUUGAUAGCCGAAAAGAAAAAAUCAGCAACACAUGAUAACGACAUAAUAUACAAUGACGCUGUACCGCAAGAAAGCGUUCUUACUCCAAUAGAUAAAAUUAAUGCUGUUAAACCUAUUUCUAUUCAGGAACUAUAUAACGCAAAUGAAAUCAAGAAAGUAAUUGGUCCGGAUAUGUUUCAACGUCUUAUCCCGUAUUCGGUACAUGAAUCUGCUUCAUUAUACUCCGAGGAAAAGGCAAAAAUUGUCCGGGGCGAAACAGAACGAUGCGACUCGGCUAAUACUGAACUAGAAACGUCCCUGAUUGAUAUGAAGUUACCCGGGAUGCUUGAAAAGUUCAAGAGCACAGGCAGCACGAAAUCUUUGGACGAGCUGGCGACCCCUACACCAGAAGUUUGUGAAUGGGCAGAUCGUGUUCGAGACGAAGAAAUCAACAAGAUUCCAAUUAACGUGUUGCAAAGUACUGUUGAGGAUUUAAAGAAUAAGGUUACACAAAUGUUGGACGAAAUCUCACAUAUUCUAGACGCGGAGCAACGAGCAUGUGAAGAAAUGAGGGUUAAGUAUGGCGAUGAAUGGACUCAGGUGACAUCCGGAUCGCUUACUCUUCCCAUUCUAAAGGAUCUACGCAAGCAUCGGGAAAGUCUUGAUCAGGCCGGAACCUCUGACCGUCGCUUUACUCAGAUAUUAGAUCAAUACAUGAACGAUAUUUCUAUUUUAAACGAUGGAGCAAAUGGGGAUCGAUUAGAGACAGCAUUUGCUGAAGCUUUGGCUUCAAUGAGCAACGAUACGCCUGCUGUAAAUGGAAAACGAGCUGACAACAUAUUGGAUAUAGACAAUGUUCAGUCAGAAGAGAGCAUGUCCUCCAAAGUGCGUCAAAUUGAAGAAUGCAUUGGAAAUUUGAAUAAGGUUAGGAAAGAGCGCAUGGACACGUUAAGCGAUUUGAAAGAAAAGACACACCAAGACGAUAUAUCGCACUUGCUUAUAUUAAACAAGAAGACUCAAAACAUCGAGCCACAAUUGUUUGCAACUGAACUCGAGAAAUUUGUUCCGUAUAAACUUAGGAUUACAGCCAGUAUCCAUCAACAACAAAAGCUAUUACACCAACUGAAUGCUCUGUAUAAGAGCUUGAUGGAAGGCGAGGAAGCACGAGCGGUACAGAACCAAUGGGAACUAGCUGAACGAAAGAGGAAAGAAGUCGUUGAGCGAUUCAGAAAAGCCAAAGAUACUUACUUCGAAGUCAAGGAAGGGUUCACAAAAGGUCACGAGUGGUACGAUGAUCUAUCAGACUCAAUCAAAAACUUAUUGAAGACUACUCGUAACUUUGCUGAUGAUCGACAAAACGAGAGAAACGAUCUUGUUCGCGCUAUAACCGACCGGCAGCAGCAAAAAUUAAGAGAAGAUCUUCGUCAUUCUUCGGCCAU